CACGCUCCACGUGGGACGAGGCGGGUAUAAAGGGACCCCGGUAUCCGGCUACUAUCACUCUGCUACCUCCCUCCCUGCAUCAUGGCGUCGACCCUGCAUCUUCUCCUCGCUGUGGCCACCGUAGUCUUGGGACAACAGGAGCUGCCCACGUACGAGACCCACCCCUGUAUGCGUGAGUGUGUUGAUGGCGGAUCCCCCAUGACGUGUGAGUACACGUUCACCCUGGAGUACUACAUCGUCUUGAGCAAGGCCUGCUUCGCCUGCCCUUCCAACAUCACCGACUGCUACAGACCCCACUGUGUCGCUGCUGACGGCGUCCGGAGACCGAUUAUCACCGUCAACAGAAUGCUGCCCGGCCCGGCUCUGCAUGUCUGCCAACACGACACGGUCGUUGUGAACGUCGACAAUAGAAUGGAGGGGUCUGAGAGCACCGCCAUCCACUUCCACGGAGUCUUCCAGAAGGGCUCUCCGCAUCAUGACGGCGUCCCCAUGAUCACCCAGUGCCCCAUCUCGUCUUCAUCCAGCUUCGAAUACAGGUUUAAAGCAGAUAAUCGAGGCUCCAUGUACUGGCACGCCCAUGCCGGGCUCCAACGUGCUGACGGCGUGUUUGGAGCUCUUAUCAUCCGGGAACCAGCAAAAAGUGACCCCUCAUCUCACCUUUACCAGCAUGACCUUCCGGAACACACCCUGGUCGUGCAUGACUGGCUGACCGACAUGACCAUGACACGCUACACGGAGCUGGCCCACGUGGGGGUCCUCACGUCUAAAGUCACCAUGCUUAUUAACGGUCGCGGUGCCUACCAGGAUUUCAUCCACCCCGACACCAACCAGACGGUCUACACCCCGUACUCCGUGUUCCGGGUACAGAAGGACGCCAGGUAUCGCUUCCGGGUCAUCAGCAGCGCCAUCUUGAAAUGCCCAAUCCAGAUCUCUGUCGACGACCACGACCUCACCAUGAUAGCCAGCGACGGAGUUCCGUUCGAGCCCGUCGUUGUCAGCUCAUUCGUCGUCUUCCCAGGCGAAAGGUACGACUUUAUUCUGGACGCGGACAAGGCUGUGGGGAACUACUGGAUUCGGGCUCGCGGCCUGCUCGACUGCGCAGGGGACAAGGCUAAACAGGUCGCCAUCCUCAGAUACGACAACGCCACCGAGACGGAGCCAAGUGCACCUACAGACUACGACAGCGCAAUGCGAAGCGGGAAGCUUCUGAAUCCCCUGAACGUAAAGGGGUCGCCGGACCAGAUGCCCGUGUCGUGGCUCAACGCCACCCUAGCCGAUCCUCUCAAUCUCAAGGAGAAGCCGGACAAGAAGUUCUACCUCGCGGUGGACUUCAACAAGAUUGACAACUACCGGCUCCAUCAUGAACUGUACUACCCCAUCUCAGCCACGGAGAAGGAUCUGCCCAUGCCACAAGCCAACAACAUCAACAACAAAGCACCUCCGGCACCGCUACUGACGCAGUACAACGAUGUACCGAAGGAAUUGUUUUGUACCCCAGAGAACACCAGAAACUGCAGCAACCGGUUCUGUGAGUGCAUCAACGUCAUGAAGGUCGCCCUGGACGACACGGUAGAGAUCAUCCUCAUCGACGAAGGCUCGUUCUCCAGCACCAACCACCCCUUCCAUCUGCAUGGGUACAACUUCCGGGUCGUUGCCAUGGACAAGAUUAACAUCUCCACAACUCUACAAGAGGUGAUGCAACUUGACACGGACGGCCUUAUCAGCAGGAACCUGGAGACUCCAGUCGCUAAGGACACCGUCACCAUUCCUAAUGGCGGAUACACCGUCAUCAGAUUCAAGGCCGAUAACCCAGGUUUCUGGUUGUUCCAUUGUCACGUGACAUUCCACAAUCUACUCGGUAUGGGCGUGGUCAUCCAGACAGGGGAUCUAGCCGAUAUGCCCCCCGCCCCCAAAAACUUCCCCCGGUGCGGGAACUGGCGAUACACGGGCGAGACUAACGGCGACAUGACGUUUUGUAGCUCAGGACAUCGUCUCGCAUCAUCUUGGACUGUGAUAAUAUUGUGUAUACUAAUCUGGAUGAAGAGGAGUAUACUCAAUUCCAAAUGAAACGCAAACGCAACAUAUAGAGAAGUAUGUACGUUAAGAAGAGAUGUUUCCAGUGUGUGCGACUUGAGGACAAAAUUAACAAUUAGUUAAAUGUGUUUAUUCUUAUCACGAUAUUUACGUGAUCUCAGAAAUGUACCGAUAAUCCUGCACAAGACAUUUCGAGUCAUGGAUCUAUGACGUCAUAUGUGAUGCGUUCAUGAGCGACUCGGUUCACACAAGUUCACCAGUAGGUUCGUUCGUGCAUCGACCCAAUUUAAUGGGACUUGAAAAUGAGUAAUUCUUCAUAUAUUGCCAACAUGUAUGGUAUUUGCGUUUCUUUUGUCGGUGAGUACAUCACCCACGCCUAAGGAUACAAUCAGUGUUCAAGUCUUUCACCCCAAUGUAAACAUCUAACCCUAAUCAUGUUUUUCUUAUCUUAGGAAACUGAAUAUCCCAGGCAAACUUAUACUUUGGGUAGGUAUUGUCUUUAGAACUAUUUACUCUCCAUCCCUAACUCGGUGGUGUUAAAUUUUUGAAAAGUCAAAAUACACAUUUGAUAGGGAUCACAAGAAAUCUUAACUCAAAAUUAUAUGAUCACGUUGACGUCCAUCGGUUUUUGAUGAAUUAAAAGUCACUUGAUAGCAGAAAUAGUUCGGCCUUCAAGAUAAUUUUGUCAUUUAUAACAGUAGAAACAAAAUAGCAACUUCACUCUCUUGUAAAUAACCCUGCAAGUAUGUAUAUAAUAUUACCGAGGCCAACGCGUGUCGUGCAAGUUAUGAGGUGUGCAAGCGCAAUACUUGGACUGUCAUUAAUGGGUUCUCACAAUUUCAACGGUCAGCGUAUGAGUGAUCAGUUUUAGGGAGCAGGAUCGACACCACGCCACAGAGUAUAUUUAAUAUAUCAGUCAUCAAGAACAGGUUGUCGGAGGACAUUACGUGAAAAUUAACCAAACCACUAUCGCAUUGUCGCAUUGUCGCAUUGUCGCGCAUUUUAACUCCCUUUUUACACAUUUUUUGAUGGGGCGACAAUGGGACAUAUUUGGACCUAACGUAUUACACAACAUCUAUUUCUAACAUCUAACUUUUUCAAUCAACAGAUGUUUUUGUAUCACGACUGACAAACAUUACAGAAACGUUUAUGACAUAUUCACACAAAAAGCUUUCUUUUAAACAUGAACAACCGUGAAGAUCCAGGUAGGAUAGGUCUUCAGCAACCAACGCUUGUCGUAAAAGGCGACCCUGCUUAUCGUAAGUGGCGACUAACGGGAGGUCGGCCUCUCUGACUUGGUUGAUGCAUGUCAUCGUAUCCCAUCGUAUCCGAUCGAUGCUCAUGAUGUCAAUCUCAGGAUUGCCUGGUCCAGACUCGAUUAUUACAGGCCACCGUGAUGAAGGAAGAAUAUUCCUGAGCGCGGCGUUAGAGACAAAGAAACAACAAAUUAAGACUUAAAUCAUUUUCACGCUUUUCUUACCCCAAUAACGCCCGGAGGCAAAGCUGUAAAGUCAGGGACUAACAAUUCAGGAGCAUUGCAUGUUCUACCUCAGGCAGGAACCUGUAUACAUCAUUUUACUUUAAUUGUAAUUUAGGUCUGUAAAUUAUAGAAAACAUUUACUCAGAUCUGAUUAUCUGAACAUAGCAGUGAAAGGGACGUGGGGUGUAUAAGUGAAAAGGUGAGAUGUUCUGGUCAAUCCACACACAACACCCAGACACCCGCCACGGCGUACAAUAAGAUGUCUAUAUAUACACUGUUAUGACUUGUUGUAAAUAAACUUGUUUGUUAUUGUA